GAGGAAAACGGCGAGGCAGCCCCGCUCCGCCCGGCAGCACCGCCGUGGCAGCCGCUUCCCCGCUGCCCUCCGCUUCCCCCCGCUCGCUGCCGGCGGCCCUCCCGGGUCGCAGGGGCUGGUGGGCUGGUCCGGCCCGCCAGGCUGAGGUGCUCCUCCGCGCCGCCGGUGAGCUGCGGUGCGGGGAGGCGUGGUGUUCUGGACCCCCGCGGGCCCGUCAGCAGGUGCGGUGCGAACGUGAGGGACCGCCGAGGCUCGAAGCGCUCCUGGUCCUGCGGGAGCUGUCCAUCUGUCUUUGUACAAUAUUGUUGAUGGGACAAAGGAGUGGACGUCAAGAAAGAAGCAAGAAACUAGAGCUGGCACUAAGCAAGACUAUGAAGGCAGAAGCAGAAGUACAAAAUAAUAAAGAGGAAGACGAAGAACUGAAGGCCAAAGACCAGAGGCUAACAUCAGUCUUUGGUGUGGCAGACUUAAAAAAUGAAGCUAUUGGACUGUACAACGUUGGACAGAGCUGCUGUCUGAACUCUCUGCUCCAAGUGUUCCUCAUGAAUAUACACUUCACAGGGAUACUUCGAAGGAUCACAGUGCCACCACAUGCUGCACAGAAGAGGAGGAAUGUCCCAUACCAAAUGCUCCUGCUGUUGGAGGAGAUGCAAUGCGGCAAGCAGAAAGCUGUUUCUCCCACAGCCCUUGCUUGCUGUCUUUCAGUAUACAGAGUGAAAUUGUUUGUGCAGCAUGAUGCUGCCCAGCUCUUUCUGACUCUCUGGAACUUGAUAAAGAGGCAGAUUAAAAAGCCACAGCUGGUUGAAGAGCUGAAUGAUUUGUACACUAUCUGUGUACAGGAGCACCUGGCCUGUCAGAAAUGCUCUUCUGAAUCAAAGAGGAACAGCAGCAUGCUAACCCUUCCACUGCCAGUGUUGGAUUCCAGUUCUCACGUGCUGAAGACUCUGGAGGACUGUCUGCAAUACUUUUUCCAUCCAGAAGAGCUGACUGACCACAACAUGUGUUUCUGUGAACAGUGUGGAAGGAAAACACCUUUUCUGCAGAGCAUGAAGCUAGUCCAUCUGCCGCAGACUCUGACCAUACACCUAAAGCGCUUCUGCUUCGAAAAAUCAGCGGACAUUCACAAGCUUAGCCACUAUCUGCCUUUCCCACAAGACCUUGAUUUCAGUGCAGUCUUGACAGAAAAUCAGUGCCAAGCAGAUGACAACGAAAAGGCUGCCUGGAAGUAUGAGCUUUUUGCUGUUGUUGCUCAUUCAGGAUCAACUAGUUGUGGACACUAUUGUGCCUAUAUUCGAAGUCUCACAGAAUGUAAAUGGUAUUGCUUCAACGAUUCUGAGGUUUGCCAGGUAUCGUGGGAUGAUGUUAAAUGCACCUAUGGACAUUCCAACCUCCACUGGGGAGAAACAGCCUAUCUCUUGAUUUACAUGAAAAAACAUCCUCAGUAGCCUUAUCCAGGAGUAUCAGAAUGUCUCGGGAAGCUCUGCGCUGUCCAUGGAGCUCAGCACCUCUGUGCCAGUGUGGAUGUGUACAAAUGUUCCACAAGAAAGAUGUUCUGCACUCAGUCAGCGACCUCUGCCUUCACAUUUAUUUAUGAAAAAAGUGCAGGAGAGACUCAGCUAGAGAAAGGAUCUGCACCUAGAAACUUUUUCUUUCAUAUAUUCAUAUGUUUUUGGUAUUUAUGUGAUUCUGUAUAUUAAUUUCCUCUUAAAACGUAGUAAAGUUAGUCCUUAUCUCUGCUGACUUACCAGUUUCUUUAAUGCUGAUGCCUAGAUUCCAGUACAGGGGAAGCAUUUGGCCUGAAAGCCUGCAUGAUGUUCCAGGGAGGCACGUGGUAUGGCUGGAGAGCUGUGAUAGCCAUACCUAGCCAGUAAGACUGUAAGAGCUUGAGACUUACUCUGCCCUUUUAGCACCAUGUUAGAUGCUGGCAAGCUGGGCAGGGGACCCCAAAAGUCUUGUGAAACAGCUGGAACAAGGACCAGAACCCUUAUGGUACAUGCACCAGUGAUGUUUUCUCCUUAAAGCCUUCCUGAAAAUUAAUCACUGCAGGGGUUGAGAUGUGUUUGAAAGUUGGUGUCAGCAUAAAGAAGUGUUUUUAAAUCAGGAGCUAUUGUAGUAGUUCUGAUUUACAAGGUGAGUUUGUGUAUAUUUAUGCAGAUGAUUAUUGUUUUUACAUGCUUAUCAGGCAUUUAUAUGCAUUUUCUUUCCUGUAUAGAUGUGGUGGGUUGACGCUGGCGGGAGCCCACCCAAGCCACUCUAACACUCCCCCUCCUCAGCUGGACAGGGGAGAGAGAGUACAAUGUUGAGAUAAGGACAGGGAGAGAUCAUUCACCAAUCACUGUAAUGGGCAAAACAGAUUCAACUUUGGGAAAAAUUAAUUUAAUUUAUUACCAAUCAAAUCAGAGUAGGAUAAUGAAAAAAAACCCCACCUCAAUCUUAAAACACCUUCCUCUGACCCCUCCCUUCUUCCCGGGCUUAACUUUACUCCCAAUUUUCUCUGCGUCCUCCCCUACAGCAGCACAGGGGGAUGGGGCAUGGGGGUUGUGGUCAGUUCAUCACACGUUGUCUCUGCCGCUCCUUCCUCCUCAGUUGCUGUCUUUUUUUUUCCUCCCUUCUUAAAUACGUUAUCCCAGAGGCGCUACCACCGUCACUGAUGGGCUCAGCCUUGGCCAGUGGCGGGUCUGUCUUGGAGCUGGCUGGCAUUGGCUCUGUCGGACACGGGAAGCUUCUAGCAGCUUCUCACAGAAGCCACCCCUAUAGCCCCCCUGCUACCAAAACCUUGCCAUGCAAACCCAGUACAGAGCAACAGAGAUUCUGAAGCUAGCUAAUGAUUUUGCACAAUACAGGCCAUACACUGUGAUAAGAGAAGUGGGAUGCCCUGAUGUGCUUGAACUUCUGGGAUUUUCCUUUAGUACUCCAGCUAGUUGCCAGCUGGAAUUUUCUCGCUCUCUCCCUUCCUCCUCUGCCUAUGAAGUGGAAAUGUCCCUCAAGCAGAAAGUGUUCUGGAGAGAACAAUUUUGUAAAGUAAUUUUUAAAUCUCCUGUUGAGUCCUGUCACUUUGUGCUGUUGGUUCAGCCUGUGCUCCCAUGGCAAGACCACACAGCCAGAGGGAAAAUGUAGAGAGAGCUGGGAAGGAAGGAUUCUAACGUGACAAUCAGAAGAGUGUUCUGAAAGCUCAUCACGAGACUUAGCUGUGAGGAAAGUUAAAAACUUUGGUUGUGAUGCUUUUAAAGCACUCAUUGUGGUAAGUCUGUGAAAGGAUCAGUGAUUCCAGUAGUUUGAGAUCUAAAAGUACCUUCUAGUGUAGCAUAUUCUUUGACUGUGUCUUUACAAGGGUGCUAUUUUUGUGGGACUGAGCACAUUUUAAAAUUACUAAUGUAGUUAUAAUAGCAGCUAUAUAUAACCUAAUUUUAUUUUGAUAAUGAAGUUCCCAAAUCAUGUCCGUUUUCUGUUGCUAUGUGGAAGGUGAAUUGAGAGAGCUUGGAGCAUAGCUGUGAAAUUACACUUUUAUGAACUAGCAGGUAUUUAUUGCAUUGUACUAGCAAGGUCCAUUAUUCUGUUCAACUCUCUUGUAUUUGUACUGUUCAUUCUGUAUUAAAAAAAAUCCCAGUGUAUUGUUGGUCACCAAGAUGAGGAGUUUUCAGCCUAUUCACCUUCUGGAAUGCGUUACACUCUUUCUAAAGCACCUUGCAAUGGGUGAGUAAGAAAACCAAGUUCCUGUCUGCUUUAUACAGCACUUUGCAUAUGUGAAGUAGCUGAAAGACUGUGCAUUUCCAGAAAUUGAGAAGUUAAUGGGUUAAGAGACUGACAAGACAUUUCUAAUUUGAUAUAACCUGAGAUUUAAAAACAAGCUAUGCUUAUGAAAAAUGCCUCAAAUAUGUCAUAACCUUCCAGGUAUAUCACCCAUCAAAGAAGCAAUUGCUGAGAUAUAUUAAGAAUCUUUUCAGUCAGCAUCUCCGUGAAAAGUAGUCAUUGUUUUUUGAAUAAAGUAGUAUGGGAUAAAUUCCCUAGAAAAUAAA